AUGGUUCGCAUGAGUGUAUUAGCCGAUUGCUUGAAAACAAUAAAUAAUGCUGAAAAGAGGGGAAGACGACAAGUUUUAAUUCGUCCUUCAUCAAAAGUUGUUAUAAGAUUUUUGAGAUAUAUGCAAAAAAAGGGAUAUAUUGGAAACUUUGAAAUAGUAGAUGAUCACAGAUCAGGAAAAAUUGUUGUUAAUUUAUUGGGAAGAAUAAAUAAGUGUGCUGUUAUAUCACCAAGGUAUGAUGUAAAAUUAGAAGAAAUUGAAAAGAUUAUAACAAGCAUAUUACCAAGUAGACUUUUUGGCCAUUUAAUUUUAACAACACCAUAUGGGAUAAUGGAUCACGAAGAAGCAAGAAGAAAACAUACAGGAGGAAAAGUUUUAGGUUUUUUCUUUUAA